UUGGUUUCCACGGUGAUUCAUCCCGGUGACAGUAGCUCGCAGGAGUGGCGAGCCGCUCUCAGUCGGGUUUAAGUAGCGCAGAAGUGGUUGAAACUCGUUUCUCUUCUUUCUCUCUUUUCAGGAAGGCGCAGUGAAAUCCGCGACCGCCCGGAGUACACGUCUCUCCUUUGGAAACACUUUAAAAAAAAAAAAAUUUAACACUUCCUUGCUCAGAGCCGGGAAAACGGACAGAAAAAUGCCCAAAGCGGUCAAUGUUCGUGUCACCACCAUGGACGCUGAGCUGGAAUUUGCCAUCCAGCCCAGCACCACCGGCAAGCAGCUGUUUGACCAGGUGGUAAAAACCAUCGGCUUGCGUGAGGUCUGGUACUUCGGGCUUCAGUAUGUGGACGGCAAAGGUUACCACACUUGGCUAAAACUGGACAAAAAGGUGUCCUCUCAGGAUGUGAAGAAGGAGAACCCGCUGCAGUUCAAGUUUCGUGCCAAGUUCUUCCCCGAGGACGUUGCAGAUGAGCUGAUCCAGGACAUCACCCAGAAGCUCUUUUUUAUGCAGGUGAAGGAGAGCAUCCUGAGCGACGAGGUCUACUGCCCGCCCGAGACAGCCGUGCUGCUGGCCUCCUACUCUGUUCAGGCCAAGUUUGGAGACUACGAUAAAGAAGUCCACCGGCCUGGGUACCUGCUGUCUGAGCGCCUGCUGCCACACAGAGUCCAAGAGCAACACAAGUUAUCCAAAGAACAGUGGGAGGAGAGGAUCCAAGUGUGGCAUGAGGAGCACCACGGGAUGCUGAAGGAGGAUGCUAUGCUGGAGUAUCUGAAAAUUGCCCAGGACCUUGAAAUGUACGGAGUCAACUACUUUGACAUCAAGAAUAAGAAGGGAACAGAGCUGCGUCUGGGAGUGGACGCUCUGGGACUCAACAUUUAUGAGAAGGAUGACAAACUGACCCCAAAGAUUGGCUUCCCCUGGAGUGAGAUCAGAAACAUUUCCUUCAAUGAUAAGAAAUUCAUCAUCAAGCCUAUUGACAAGAAAUCUCCGGACUUUGUGUUUUACGCCCCGAGACUGCGCAUAAACAAGCGCAUCCUGCAGCUGUGCAUGGGCAACCACGAGCUGUACAUGCGUCGCCGCAAACCGGACACGAUUGAGGUGCAGCAGAUGAAGGCCCAGGCCAAAGAGGACAAGCAGCAGAAACAGAUGGAGAGGGCCCAUCUGGAGAAUGAGAAGAAGAAGAGAGAGGCCAUUGAGAGGGAGAAGGAGCAGAUGGAGCGAGAGAAGCAGGACCUGGUGAUGAGGCUCUACCAGUUUGAGGAGAAGACCAAGAAGGCAGAGAAAGAUUUGCAGGAGCAGCUGCAGAGAGCCAUGAUGCUGGAGCAGGAGCGGAGGAGAGCAGAGGAGGAGGCAGCUCGUCUGGAGGCAGAGCGUCAGGCUGCCCUGCUGGCUAAAGAGGAGCUGGCCCAGCACGCUGAGCAACAGAAGAAGAGUCAGGAGCAGCUGACUGCUGAGCUGGAGGAGCACACAGCAAAGAUCAGGCAGCUCGAGGAGGCCAAGAAACAUAAGGAGGAGGAGGCCAACUCCUGGCAGCUCAGGGCCCGCGAGGCCCAGGACGAUCUGAUUAAGACCAGGGAGGAGCUGCACAUGGCGAUGACGACGCCCCUGCCUCCUCCGCCUCCCCCCAUGUACGACCACCUCAUGGAUGACAACAGCGACAGCGAGGAGAACGCCAGCACGCACAGCGCCGACCUGCACGUAGAGGGCAUCCACGACCACCGCAAUGAGGAGGACCGCCUUACUGAGGCAGAGAAGAACGAACGCGUCCAGAAACAGCUGAAGGCCCUGACCUCAGAACUGGCUCAUGCGCGUGAUGAAUCCAAGAAUACCGCCAACGACCUCCUUCACACCGAGAACGUGCGAGCCGGCCGAGACAAAUACAAGACCCUGCGACAGAUCAGGCAGGGCAACACCAAGCAGAGGAUCGACGAGUUCGAAGCCUUAUAAGGAGCCCUCUGGAAACGUACCCUUUCUGAAUGGUCACUACAUCUCGCUCUUCAGAUGCCAGAACAACACACAAUCAAACUCGGACAUGUUUAACACACGGCUACAGACUAAACUGGAGCAGUAUAAGCAGAGCAGAAGCAUCACUUACAGAUAAACUCCUGCCGUUAUGAUCGUGUCCUGCUAGAUGCAGGGCUCCGAAAACCCUCUGCAGAAAUAUUAGUGCCAAAACCAUCUUUUUUGUCUCUUCUUAGUGUUUCACAUCCUGUUUGUGUAUUUAAUUGUGUGUAAUUUGAUCAAUUCAGACCAAAAUCAUCUGUUUUUAACCAGAGGUGUGACAAAGUAGGGGGGCUGGUCACAUUUUUUUAAAGUAUUUUAUGAUGUAAACAGAGAAAAUAUAAUCAGAUCCUGACUUCUUUUUGAUGUCUGUCGGAAGAAAAGGACAGUUUGUUGUUUAUAGCGACCACUCAGAAAGGGGGAAUGAGCAGGAAAAUGUUUUUUGUUUUCCUUUAUAUUUGAACACUUCCAUUUAUGUUUAAUAUUGCUAUUCUGUAGGUAAAAAUCAUGCCUAGUUUGAUAUUUAUACUGUAUAUGGGACAUUAAAAAGGGUAUUUCAUUUUGGUUUGUAUAUUUUUGCUAUCUUCUGAUAACAGAAACAUUGAAUAUGUUUUAAAGAUUUUAUAUAUUGACCAAACAAUAAGUCUUACGUUCCAUAUGUUUUCCUUUAGAUCAAUAAAUUAAAGAAAUUUAAUUGUAAAUUAUUUUUUACUGUAGGAAUUAUAUUCAGCUGCAUGCUAUUAAAAUUAGUUCAGAAGACCUCUAACUAUCUAGGUACUCUUUUUAUUUGCCAUGCAGUUCACAGAAUCCUGCGAUGCAUCUUCAUCUUCAGAGCAAGUUUGAGAUUUUUAUUUCUGUCUGUUCUGCAUCAUGUCGCUGCAGAGUGAGAGAUGAACAUGUGAUGUUUGCUUUUACCCUCUAAAGUGGCCUUUGGCUGCCCCUCUGCAAGGGUCAGUCCCAGACAGCUGCUCCACACUUCUCAGCCAGGGUGCAUAGUCACAAAAAAAAAACCCAGGCAGUGUAAAGCCAACCUCUCACUCUCCACUCUGGACAUUUAUUAGUAUUUACUGCAAAUGGAAACUCGCAGCUCUGCUGGACUUUGUAUAUGAACAGGUUUUUAUAAUGAGGUGUUUAAAAUAUUGGCAA